UUUCUUGAUGUUGAAUAAAGUACAUUGAAAUGAAAAUUUUCAGUUGGUUUUGAUCAUUUUGUCUUAUUUCACUUUGAGAGUUAAAGCUUUUCCAAGAAGUAUAGUAGUAGCCAUGUCUAAUGUGCUGUGUUACAAGUAUGGUGAGGACAUGAAUUGCUGCAAUUCCCUCCCAGUUCUUCACAAUCCUAAGAAGUCCUUGUUACUCAUUACCUCCAAAACUAAUUUUCAAGGUAAGGCAGAGGUGUUUCUUAAUGAAAAAUCAUCAGGUAGAAGUUCUUUUCCUGGUUCAGACAGAGAACUGCCAGUUCCAUGCAUGCUAAGGAAGAAGAUUCCUGUUAAAGAAACUACUUCUGUCAAAUAUACCAAGCAUUUAAAUGGGAAGAAGAUGAUCAAUGAAUAUGUCAAGGAGCGCGAGAUCAAUGGGGGAAGCUAUGGGAAAGUGGUGCUUGAUCGGAACAUUAGUGAUGGAAAUCCAUAUGCUUUAAAGAUUGCAGUGAUGAAGGCAUUGGAUCAUCCAAACAUAGUUAACCUUGUUGAAGUGAUAGAUGACCAAAGAUCAGAUUAUCUCUAUAUGGGCAAUGCUAUAAACAACAUUUCUCAAACAAGGGGACGCACAGAUGAGAUAACCGCAAGAAGAUAUUUCAAUGAUAUAGUUGCAGGGCUAACUUAUCUGCAUAGCCAUAAUAUUGUGCAUGGACAUAUAAAGCCGGAAAAUCUUCUCCCCAAAAGAAGUGGAAGCGUGAAAAUUGGAGAUUUCAGUGCGUGUCAUGCCUUUGAGAUAAAAGUUUACAAUGGAAAAGCAGCUGAUAUAUGGGCUGCCGGUGUUACUCUGCACUGCAUGGUGGUAGGCUACUAUCCUUUUCUAUCAGAUAGCUUACCAGAGACUUACAACAAGAUUGUGAACAGCCCUCUAAUACUCCCAGAAGAACUAGAUCCUGAACACAAAGAUUUGCUCCAAGGCCUUCUGUGCAAAGGGGUAGCUGAAAAGGAGGCGCUGGAAUUUCAGCUCUCAAGAGAAGCCCUUGAAGUCCAUGAAGAAGCACCUCGAACCUAAAAAAAGACAAUUAAAGGUGCUCUCCUCUGUUAUUUUCCAAUUAAGUAAUAUUCAUAAU